UGAAUGAAUUGCGUGCGUCGUCAUUUAGAUUUGUAUCACUGUGGAUAAUUCGCCAACCAACAAAACGGACCCAGACGUGUUUCCUGGUGCAUUUUCCCGUGAAUGCAGCACGUUGGAAACUCCAGACCCGGGUCCAGUCUCUGCGUGCGCUGCGCUCCGUGUUUUCCCAUCAUCCCCCGCCGCAGCUGCGGACGGUGUGUGUCGGUGUGCGGAGCGGAGUGUGUUCAGAGUGCAGGCGGAGGAGGGAACGGGAGCGUGCCUUGUGUCGCAGCCCGUCGGGGAGGUUACAGCCAUCGGAGCAGAGGAGGGGAGGGCAGGUCCGGGUCCAAGCCUCUGAAUCCAGGGACAUUUGAAUCACAAUCGAAGCCGGUUUGAGGUGAAAGAGGCUCGGCUGGCUGCUCUGCGCUGCGGGGGCUGCGCGCACACAAUGGGAGCCGACGCACUGGCACCGUCCGGGACGCGGCCGUAGAAUAAUAUUUACCCCUCGGUUUGUUUGAAAUGGAGACGCGGAUACCGGAGCAGGAUCCAGAGCUGUCAGCGGGACGCACGGCGGAGGAUUCUCGGCGGUAAGGGCUUCCUCAGUCCGGACAGAAAAGUGCUUUUGCAUGCCGGGGGUCGCCUCAGUGUUCCGGACAGAGGAGCGGAGGACGCGCCUGCUCGGCUUGUUUGUUGCCAGUUUAAAUUCCUCCGGGAUGAACACGGAAUGUAUUUCCUGCGUCAAAGUCCGCGCUGUUUGCACAUCUGGAUGAGGGGAAAGUCGGUUAUUGCCCCGUAGCGUUUUUUUGGUUUUUCUUCUGGUGCGGUUGAACCCGUUUGUGGAGAAACGUUUCAAGUUAAUUCAGUGAUUUUAACCCCAAACAGAGCACUCGGUCUGCAGAGGCUAGUUUGUCGAAAACAGCAGCAGAAAUCCAAAUAUUAUACAAGGAACUACAGGAUCAUUUCAGUGAUUUUCUACAACAUUUGAUCUCUUUAAUGCAGUGAGUUAAAGUUGCUCUUAGCUGCUGCAGACACUUUAAAGGAGCGCUGAAGAGGAGGGUCAGUGACUGCUUCCAUCAGGGAUGUACCUUCUUGACAGUAACUGCACUGAAAGGAUGGAGAGGGGCACGCCUCAGAGGAAAACUGUCUACCGGAUCUCCCUCACCUUGGUGAAGAGGGAGAGUUUAGAUGAUGAGGAUGGUGGUUCAGGCCCCCGGCGGGCGGAGAACCCCAAGGUGGGCGCCUUCCGGCGGGAGGGCUCACUGGAGAUCCAGCGUGGCGGGCUGCUGGAGCAGCUGAAGGAGGUGGAGGACGAGUCGGACGACUUAUCGUCACACAGCUACAUGAGGAGCUUCAGGACGUUCAGCACGGGGCAGCUGGAGCUGGGGAGGCUGAAAAUCUCCAGGAAACAUGUCUUACAGAAAGAGCUGAAGGAAAAGGCCGCCAGCCCGGUGGCAGAGCACGGCAGAGAGGCCCCCGAGGACGCUCGGGGGGAGAGCAGAGGGCAGGAAGCAGAGGAUUCAGACAGACGUAAAGAGGACAUUUUCACUGAAAGUCCACAAACAGACGCUGCUGUGGAGAACGGCAGCGUUAAGAAUAAGAAGAGGCUCCUGAAAGCUAAGAGCAUGGAGGAGAGGAGCUCCGACCCUCCUCUGAACGGUGAUGGGAAAAUGUCUCACUCCAAAAGCAACGGGAAAGCAGCCGAAGUGUCCUCCCCGGAGACGCCGCCUCUGAAGCGGCCGCCCGGCCUGCUGCGCCGCAGCUUCAGCUUCAGACACUGGACCGGCGGCGAGCUGCUGCGCCUGCGAGCGCUCUCCAAAGACAAACACCACAGCAGCUCCGGCUGCAUCAGCCGGGACGCCGGGCCGGACGGCGGCGAGAAAGAAGCGGAGGCUCCUGUGGUGCUCCCAGCUUCCCGCCGCGCCGACCCCACCAGAGUAAAGAGCAGGACUCUGGAGGUCGGCGCCGUCCUGAACAAGACGGACUCCAUGUCUGAGCUGAGCCGCUGGGAGAGAGCGCAAGGCAACAAGAACCGGACGCUGGACAACAGCGACCUGCUGCGAAUGGCGGCUGAGAAGGACGGAUCAGGAGGGGGGUUCCUGCAGAGGGGAGGGGGAGGUCGCUCCAGUGAGAGGCGUCUGGUUCGCUUCUUCAGCGGGAUCUUCUCCAGGAGGGACGGGGCGUCCACCUCGACCCCGGUGGGAAGCCCCAGCUCCGACCGAUCCCUCCAGCGGAGCAAGAGGAGGGUGCUGUCCCAGUCCAGCACCGAGAGCAUGAACGGAGGAAGCACUGAAGAUGCAUUCGUGAACAGUCAGGAGUGGACGCUGAGUCGAACGGUACCAGAACUGAAAGUGGGCAUUGUGGGUAACCUGGCCAGUGGUAAGUCGGCGCUGGUCCACAGGUACCUGACGGGAACGUACGUCCAGGAGGAGUCACCUGAAGCUGACGUGGAUGCAGGCGGCCGCUUCAAGAAGGAGAUCGUGGUCGACGGCCAGAGUCACCUGCUGCUCAUCAGAGACGAAGGAGGCCCCCCAGAGGCUCAGUUCGCUUUGUGGGUCGACGCUGUGAUCUUCGUCUUCAGCCUGGAGGAUGAGAUCAGCUUCCAGACGGUUUAUCACUACUUCAGCCGCCUCGCCAACUACAGAAACACUGCCGACCUGCCGCUGGUCCUGGUCGGCACGCAAGACGCCAUCAGCUCAGCCAACCCGAGGGUGAUCGACGACAGCCGAGCCAGAAAGCUCUCCAACGACCUCAAACGCUGCACCUACUAUGAAACCUGCGCCACCUACGGCCUCAACGUGGAGCGAGUCUUCCAGGACGUCGCCCAGAAGAUCGUGGCCACCAGGAAGAAGCAGCAGUUGUCCAUCGGGCCGUGCAAGUCGCUCCCCAACUCACCGAGUCACUCGUCUGUCUGCGCCACACAAGUGUCAGCCGUCCACAUCAGCCAGACGAGUAACGGCGGCGGCAGUUUGAGCGACUACUCGUCGUCGGUGCCGUCCACGCCCAGCACCAGCCAGAAGGAGCUCCGCAUCGACGUACCGCAGACCACCAACACGCCGACGCCCGUCCGAAAGCAGUCCAAACGCCGCUCCAACCUCUUCACCUCGAGGAAGGCGAGCGAGCCGGACAAGAAAGGCCUGGAGGCUCGAGCCGACAGCAUCGGCAGCGGGCGAGCCAUCCCCAUCAAACAGGGCAUGCUGCUGAAGAGAAGCGGCAAAUCCCUCAACAAGGAGUGGAAGAAGAAGUACGUGACGCUGUGUGACAACGGACUGCUCACCUACCACCCCAGCCUGCAUGACUACAUGCAGAACGUCCACGGUAAGGAGAUCGACCUGCUGAGGACCACGGUGAAGGUCCCGGGGAAGAGGCCGCCUCGAGCCGUGUCCACCUGCGCCGCCAUGCCGAGUCCCAAAACCAACGGCCUGACGAAGGACAUGAGCAGCAUGCAGCUCGGACAGACUCCAGGUUCGGUGACCAGCAGCUCGUCGGUGUCGCAGAUGGCGAGCGGCGUCAGCUUGGUGUCUUUCAACAGCCGAGGUCUGGAGGGGAUGCACCAGCGCUCGUACUCCGUCUCCAGCGCCGACCAGUGGACCGACGCCACCGUCAUCGCCAACUCCGGAGUCAGCACAGUGUUUGAAUUUGCAGAUACAGGCCUGGGAGAUUCGGUCUGCUCCAGUCCCAGCAUCUCCAGCACCACCAGUCCCAAGAUGGAGCCGCCGCCGUCGCCGCACGCCAACCGCAAGAAGCACCGGCGGAAGAAGAGCACCAGCAACUUCAAAGCCGACGGCCUUUCUGGUACUGCGGAAGAACAAGAGGAGAACUUUGAGUUCACCAUAGUGUCGCUGACGGGGCAGACGUGGCAUUUCGAGGCCACUUCGUACGAAGAGCGAGAUGCCUGGGUGCAGGUCAUCGAGAGCCAGAUCCUGGCCUGCCUGCAGUCCUGCGAGAGCAGCAAGAACAAGUCUCGUCUGACCAGCCAGACGGAGGCCAUGGCUCUGCAGUCGAUCAGAAGCAUUCGAGGAAACGACCGCUGUGCCGACUGUGAAGCACAGAACCCGGACUGGGCGAGUCUGAACCUCGGGGCCCUGAUCUGCAUCGAGUGCUCGGGCAUCCACAGGAACCUGGGCACCCACCUGUCCAGGGUCCGCUCUCUGGACCUGGACGAGUGGCCGCUGGAGCUCAUCAAGGUCAUGUCGGCCAUCGGCAACGAGCUCGCCAACAGCGUGUGGGAGGCCAACGCCCAGGGGCGCCUCAAACCUGGACCGGACGCCAGCAGGGAGGAGAGGGAGCGCUGGAUCCGGGCGAAGUACGAGCAGCGUCUGUUCCUGGCGUCGCUGCCCGGCACCGACCUGUCUCUGGGCCAGCAGCUGCUGAGGGCGACGGCCGAGGAGGACCUUCGCUCCGUCGUCCUGCUGCUCGCCCACGGAUCCCGACAGCAGGUCAACGAGACCUGCGGAGAAGGAGACGGACGCAACUCGCUGCACCUCGCCAGCCGCAAGGGCAACGUGGUCGUCACGCAGCUCCUCAUCUGGUACGGCGUGGAUCUGAUGGCGAGGGACGCCCACGGCAACAGUGCGAUGGCGUACGCUCGGCAGGCCAACAGUCAGGAGUGCGUGGACACGCUGGCUCAGUACGGCUGCCCCGACGAGCGCUUCCCGCUCAUGGCCACGCCCAACCUGUCGCGCCGCAACACCAACCGCAACAACAGCUGCAGCAGCGCCGGGAGCGCCGCACUCAUAUGACGAGGAAGCGUCACCGUCUGACUCUUCAUGACAAACAAACAAACCCCGAUUUGGGAGAAUCCUGACCGUUUAUUUUGGGAACCACUACCUGUUGUGACUCUAAGCCCCGCCCACCUCACCUGACAGCCACCACUGUCGUCUCGUUAAGACAGAUUAAAACCGAUCGCAGCUCAGUGGUGAAGCUGUCUGUUUGGGAGAACCCUCAACGGGAAAAACCCCAAAGCAUGGUGGGAAAUGUUGUCCACGAUCGACCGAGCUCGACCUUCAUCUGUCGCCGAGCUCAAAAGACGACUCUGGCUCAUCAGAGCAUUUUAGGAAAUAAUCACAUGACUUAUGACAGCCAAUGACGGCCAGUCUGAAGUUCUACGGACAUCAUACCUCAUCACACAGCUAUACUUUAACACUACGCGACCAGAUCCCGCUCAAACUUAAGACUCGCCCCGCGUCAUUUGGCUUUUUACCCAACAGCCAAUCAAAAUCUUCAGAAACGUGUCUCGCCAAAACAUAUCGUCGACACACAACGAAGCAAACUGAGACAAAAAUAUCACGAAGGAAACGAGAGGGGGAGUCUUCGUAGCAUGCCCACACACACAGGAAGCCAUUUGAACUGCACAUCAUCAUCAUCAUCAUCAUCGUCAGUCGAGGACUCCUCUCUGUUUGAUCCCUGCAGCGUCAGCGUUUCACCUCUUCUCACCUGUAUUUUUUAUUUUUUAUCAUUUUAGGAAUUCUGUGAAAAAUAUCUCGAUGUAAAACUUUUAAGAGGAAAAAAAAGAUAUCAGAUCUUAGAGGUGAAACAGAAGUGUGAUAGAUCGCAUGUCCUAGACACUUUUCGCUUCUUCUUUUUCUAUUUUAAUUUAAGGCAUUUUUCCUGGAUUGUGUAUAUUGUAUCUCGAUGUGCAUUGCUGGACCAAUCGUUAAAAAAGUCAACAUGGGGAAGGGGAUUUAUUUGUUUGUUUCCGGGUGUAUAAAGUCAUUAAGUGUACAGAAGCUCUUUGCCAGGCUCAGGGACCGGAGACUGUCAAUCAUAAACACCUCAUCGUCUUUUCCCAGAGUCCUUAAACCGGCUUUUAGGGUUUAAUUUGUUUUCAAUUUAAACUCCAACAACAAUUCACAAGGGAGAAGCCUUCAUAGAUAAGUCCUCAGCUAUUCUUGGGCUCGACGUUAUGAUGUAAAAUCCACGUCGUGAUAUUUUGUCACGUUUCUCUCGAUAGCCAUAAAUAUAAUGAUACAUACUAUCAAACAUUCUGCAGAUUAAUUUCUCGAUUUAAUAGAUUCAUUGUUCGGCCUAUAAAAUGUCAAAAACCCAAGUGACGUCUUCGAAUUGCUGUUUUUGUCCAACCAACGGCCCAAAACCCAAAGAUAUUCAAUUUACAAUCUCAGAAGACUCCAGCAAAUAAAUAUAAAUAUUUUACUUUACGAAAAAUCAAUAGUCUGAAUCCAGUAUAGCUAAAGUGAAAUGAGAGUUAAUUUAGGUCGGCAAAACAUUCAUAAUGACGGUAAACUUUAAUUUAUCGUCCAGCCCUGACUGAACAUAAAAACAGGAUUUGCAUGGUUGGGAAAUCAUCUGUUCGAGUUGUUUUUUUUCUUUAUAUGUUGGAUUUUAAAACUCCUCUGACGAUAGAAAAGUCGUUUAUCUGAACCGAAUGAAUUGAGAGCAUCUUAAACCCGAGCCUGAUUUACAUCGUGGUCAAAUAACAUUUAAUUUAAAGUGUCCCUGAAGUGAAUUUUAUUGUUUUAACUUGUAAAAAGUGGAAUAGACAAGGAAGCAGCUAACAGCCGCACGGAGUGAAAAAGGGAAUAGAUCUUCUUCUUCUUCUUCUUCUUCUUCUUCUUCUUCUUCAGGUGUUUUGUUUUCAAUCUGUGAGUUCAGUUCACAUAAUCUGCUGUCAGCUCAGACAAAUCACAGUGAUGAGAUGGUUGACCGAAGGAGACGAGUUACUUCUCAUUGUUUCAUUUCAGCUGGUAGAUUACAAACUCUAAAACUCCAUUUUCCUGUUAACAGACGUAAACACGUUAGAAUUAAAAGAGUCAGUGAAGAAAACACGAUAUAAGUAACACAAGUACAAAGUUUCAUGGUCACAAAAUAGUGUUUCUGUGUAUAAUAAUCUAUCAAAUGAUAUUUGAAUGAGCUCUCACCCUCCAGUCCCGUCUCAGUUCUGUCCCGUCCAAUCAGACAGUCUCCCUGAUCUGCUCAGCAAAUCACUAAGAAGGGCUUCUUCUGCUCGUCUGGUCUGGAAACCUCCUUGUUGUAAAUAAUCUCCUCUUUCUCCGUCACUUUCUCUCUUUCAGCGGUGACGCCGUGUAAAUUAGAGAACACAGGAAGUACUAUCUGUACGCCGGGAUGUCGGGUUGCAGAGUGGAAGUGAUUUAUUCUGUUUGUGUGGGGAAAAACCACAUCAGCGUGGACUGAAUGAUGCGUGUUUCAGCUCAGUGUUGUGCUGAUCCAUCCGAGGCACGAAGGCAUACUUUUGCAGGCGACUAGGCGUCUAAACCAGUGGUUCCCAACCUGGAAAUGUUUGCAGAACUACAAUUCCAGCCUGAAGGGUCACAAGAAGGUUCACAGGACUAGAAAUCCAAAAAACCCAAAACAUUUAUGCUACUCAAAGGGCUGCAGUCAAGACCACAUAAGUUCAAUCCGUGACAAUUCCAAGUCUGAGCAGUUUGGAGAACAAGUCCAAAUGUGGUCGAGUUUUGAGUCGAAACAGAGUCCAAAUGUGGUCGAAACCGAGUCCAAAUGUGGUCGGGUUUUGAGUCGAAACCGAGUCCAAAUGUGGUCGAGUUUUGAGUCGAAACCGAGUCCAAAUGUGGUCGGGUUUUGAGUCAAGACCGAGUCCAAAUGUGGUCGGGUUUUGAGUCGAAACCGAGUCCAAAUGUGGUCGAGUUUUGAGUCGAAACCGAGUCCAAAUGUGGUCAAGUCUUGAGUCGAAACCGAGUCCAAAUGUGGUCAAGUCUUGAGUCGAAACCGAGUCCAAAUGUGGUCGGGUUUUGAGUCGAAACCGAGUCCAAAUGUGGUCAAGUCUUGAGUCGAAACCGAGUCCAAAUGUGGUCGGGUUUUGAGUCGAAACCGAGUCCAAAUGUGGUCGAGUUUUGAGUCGAAACCGAGUCGAAAUGUGGUCGGGUUUUGAGUCGAAACCGAGUCCAAAUGUGGUCGGGUUUUGAGUCGAAACAGAGUGUGCUAGAAAGUAAAUCAAGACCAAGACCAACGAAACCAAAACAGUGCCCACUGGGUAUUCUUCACACUGUUGUCUCACUUAGUACAGUCCUUUGGAAAACCAGCUUUAGCUGGACCUGGUCUAGACUUGGGUGGAUAUUUAAGUCACUUGGACCUUCAGAACUACGUGGAUGCAGAUAGUAAGAUUUGAGCUUAAGGGAGUUAAAGUUGGGGACCACUGGUCUAAAGAUCCACUUGGAAUGAAUCUUGAACGUCGCCGGUUCAUUUCAGGUGUCGUCACACGUAGAGAAAAUAGUAAAAAACACCUUUCUACCCUGAUGACAUCGACAUAAAUUUGACUGAGCGUUGAUUUCUUUUGGUAGCUGAAAAAUGUCGACUGAACGCUAACUGAUCAGGAUUGUCAGGAAAUAAGCUGCUUAACCUCGACAUUUGUGUGUGAGGAUUUUUACCUUCGACACUAUGCCGAGCAUCACCUGCUCGUCUCUUCGUCUUUGCUCUCUUUACUGUUUCGUCCUCAAAUUUUAACGUAAAAGUUGCUGCAGAGGUUGCAGAGCGGCUCUCAACCCGACUGUGUAUCCAAGCAAUAUUCAUAAACACAUCGAUCACUGUCGCAUGGGAACUUCAUACGCUGACGUUGCUACAAUAUUCCCAUUAAACCACAAACACACUCUGCCUGUUUGUAAGAAAUGUAAGAAAGAGCUGAAAGAAAAAUUCGACAUGAACUCUAAAAUUUUCCUCCUUAUGCCUUUUUCUUUAAACGUCUGCCUUUACGUUGAUUUCGCCCAACCUUGUUACUGUACGUGCCACGCCCCCGUUUACCUUACCAGCCAUCUCAAAGAUGGCAUUUAAUCUCCCGUAAAUACUAAACCAAGGGGUUUGACCGCAACUUGUGUUUUCAAGGUGUUUAUUUUAUGUUUUUCUGUCCGACUCGUCCCACAUCUGUCCUGACGGCAAAGACGUCCUUUUAUUUAUGACAGAAAUGCACUAAAUCUGAUUCAGUCCGUUCAAGCCCAACACUUUCCACUACAGCUUUCUUUUCUUUUCUUAUAUUAUUACUAACUGACGUUUGCUUAUUUCUCUAAGCGGUGGUGGCUUCUGGUGGUUUCCUCUAAACUGAUUGGUGCUCUUACUUUAACACCAUCUAAAUUCUGAGCAACUUGGGAAUCCAAAGUCCAUUUAGUUCACAUUAGCAGAGAAAGCUCAGUAAUAUCUGCUUUUAAAUUAUUGUAGGCACCAAAUUAAUCCGUCACAGGGUCAAUGAUAACGCUAACCUGCUAGCGGUGAGCAAGCUAGCAACAUGUGUUUUAAUUCUGAGACUAAACCGAACAUUAAAAGUUGGAAAAUGUCUAGAGGAUAGAAACAUUGUUUUUAACAAGUCUGUUUAUUUAAGUUGAAUGCAGCAGGAGAAGUUUGGUAAACCUCACUGCAGCUAGCAGUGAGCACUUUAGCAUGGCAGCAUUGUUUCAGCUUGCAAGCAAACAGUUUCUAGUUACCAGUAAAAUUCAAGAUCAAGCUACAGCUAGUGAUCAAUUAGCUAAACACGGCUAACGGAGAGAAGCUCGCCUAUGUAUUUGCUAAAUUUCCCGCUGAGGAACUGCCCAGGUCUGUUUAUUUAAUCUCAGGAAAAAACUCUGUAAUGGCUAGUUUUAUCUGUUUGUAGCCAUAGAAACUGCUGAGUCAUCUGUCGCUGAAGCUAACUGCAGCUAGCGGAGAACAAACUAGCAUGGCAGCAUUGUUUCAGCUUGCAAGCAAACUAUAAUACUUUUUUUACCUUUAGCCAGUUAAACUGCUAUUUUUUUUCCCCUCUGAGAAAAUUGGAAAAUGUUUCGGGAGCAGAACCAUCCUGUGACGCUCCAGCCGCAGAUAGCAAUCAGCUAGCUAAAGUCAGCUAAUGGAAACUCCGGGACGCCAACUCUUUCCAGAACAGUUUUGUUUUUUAUUUGUUUGUUAAUGCAUUAGCUGACAUUCGCCUGAUUCUGUCAGUAGAAAGCAAAUCCUCUCUGGAAUCUGUUUAUUUAAUCUCACCACAGCAGAGAAAGCUCGGUAAUAUCUAACUGUUUGUAUUCACAGAAACCGUUCAGUCAUCUGUCACUGAAGCUAACUGCAGCUAGCACUGGACAUGUUAGCAUGGCUAUUUUCAACUUGCAAGCGAACUUUACUCAAAACUAAAAAUGAAAAGUUGGAAAAUGUUUAGAGACUUGAAACAUCCUGUGAAUCUCCAGUUGCAGCUAGCAGUCAGCUAGCUAAUCUCCGCUAACGGACAAUAGCAUGGCGCAAUAUAUUCUCUAGUGGUGUUAGCACAGAUAUUACAAGCUUGAGGCUAGAAACAUGUGAAGCUGCCUGCUUGUACAUAAAUCAUGUCUGCUUUGAAAGAUGGCAGGAGAACGAGGAAACCGCAUUGCCGCUAAUAUUGCCGCUCAACUCUCGCCACCGCCUGCGCCACCUCACCUGUACAUAGACUUCAAACUAAAAAAAAACAACUCCGUAUGGUUAACGUUUGGUUUGUCUGGUUGUGUUACCUCUUGUAGCCUUUACCCCUAAGCCCCACCCACCAGGGCUGUCCUCCACAUUAUUUAUAAACGCCCCCCCGUGAGGAACACUCCGCCCCCCUCAAACCUACGUUUUUGUAUAUUUUUCUCCGACCUCUCCAGUCCGUCUUUUAUUAUGAUUUCAUCCAGACGCAUUAUUGUUCUUAUUGUCAUUGUUAUUCUAAUUCUAAUUAUUAUUAUUAUUAUUGUUAUUGACUUUUUGUUGGCUGUACAGUACCGUUGUUGAAAUUUACUUAAUACAGAGUCUUCUACUGUAAUGUGUCUCUUUUCAAUAAAGACGAGAAUAAUGCUUCUUAAUAUAA